AUGAAUACAGUUACAUCUAUAGUUGACACUUUUUUUAACCAAACGCUAAUUAAAUCAAUAGAUGAUAUUAUAGGAGAAACUGAUUUUAAUAUAACAUUUAUUUUUUAUAGAAUAAUUGAUUUUAUAAUAUUAAGACUUAAAGAGUUUUCAAAUGUUAAAAGAUCAUUUAUUUUGAAAUCAAAAAAGAUUAAAAGUGAAUUACAAGACGAAAAAGUUCUAAUAGUUCAUUCAUUAUUGUGUAAAUGUGAGUCAGAUAUAAAAAUACUAAAAGAACUAAAAAGUUUAGAGAAUAAUAGUGCAAAAACUAAGGAAGAAAUUGAUAAUAUAAAUAAUGAGUUAUAUUUGACUCAAAUAAAUUAG